AUGACGGGCACACAUAACCCGUUGGAGGAUAUGCAAGCUCACGAAAGAGGCGCUUUCGACGAGCUUAUUCGACCGGACGAUAGCUAUACCAAGGACGGAACAUACUGGGCAGAUUUGCCAUUAGGGCAGAAGGUCAAAUUCGUUAGCUCCUACGAUGCUGCCGAGGCCAAACGUGAACUCGGUAACAUCUGGGAGAUGAUGAAAGAGGAUCCUCUCUCACCUAUCUCAUAUUAUUUUCGAAACAUGGUUCUACCCGGUGCCGGUCUCGGGUUGGAAGGUUAUGUGCUCUUCUCAAUUGGCAACAUCAAACCCUUGUUUCAAAAAACUUGGCCUGAUUGCUGGGACUCGGCCACAACGUGUAACCAGCAGUGGAUCAAUGCCGUGGAUUACUUGGAGAUCAUUGGAAUCAUCUUUGGUCAAAUUUUGGUCGGAAUUAUUGGUGAUUGGCUCGGUCGUCGUUGGGGUUUGAUUCAAGAUGCUACUAUCAUGUUGAUUGGAUUAGUGAUGCUCACAGCUGCAUGGGGUGUGACCAUGAAUGGCUGGAUCAUUUGCUAUGCGUGGUCGCUUUUCUUCUACAGUGUCGGUGUUGGUGGUGAAUACCCUAUGACUGCGACAAGUGGAAUGGAGAAUGCUGUGGGUUCAGGAAAGAUCUCGACCAAGGAGGAUCGUUUGCAUCGUGGCCGCAAAGUGACCAGUGCCUUCCUGAUGCAGGGCUGGGCGGCAACCCCCCCUUACUCCGAAGUGGCAACACAAUGGACCUACCGAAUCUCCUUCGCCAUUCCUGCGGUGGGAACACUUUGGCUUGUGUACUUCCGUGCUUACCACAUGAAGGCAGCUAGCAAGCAGUUGACCGCAGCCAAGAAGAAGGCGUCCGUCACUGGCUACGAUGUGGACUCGUUGGCUCUUACAUUCAAAUACUUUGGUCCCCGGUUGAUUGCCACUGCUGGUGGCUGGUUCUGCAACGAUAUGUUUUUCUACGGAAACAAGCUUUUCCAGAGUGAAUUUAUCUCUGUGAUUAGCCCAUCCACCGACUCCGUUAUGCCGACGUGGCUAUGGAGCUUAGUUAACAUCGGAGUUUCCCUUGUUGGUUACUACUUUGCUUCCUUCUUUAUCGACAACAAGCUUUACGGUCGCAAGAAGAUGCAAAUCUUGGGUUUCAUCAUGUGUUUCGUUCUGUACGCAAUCCCCGGUUUCAAGUACGCUUAUUAUACCGAUUCGGCACACAUCAAAGCUUUCCAAGCGAUGUACUUCCUUGGCUCGUUUUUCAACCAAUUUGGCCCGAACUCCGUGACUUUCCUCGUUGCUGCUGAGGUGUAUCCUACUCCUAUUCGUGCCACAGCCCACGGCUUGUCUGCAGCGGCCGGUAAAUCCGGUGCCCUUUUGGCAGCUGUUCUUUACAACUACAUUUCCAACCAGACCAAAUUCCUGGUUAUUCCUUGGUUUGGUCUGGCGGGUGCGCUCCUGACUUUCUUCUUCCUACCUGACACAACCGGACUGGAUCUCAAGGAGCAAGAGCGUCGCUGGCAGUACAUCCGACGGGGCGAAGAGAAAGAAUAUCACGGCCCUGCAGUACACCCCAAGCACCUUUCAUUGUACGAGCGCUUGGUCCUGCAUCUUGAUCGCAACUAUGAUGCCGAGAAGGACUACCAGCACAAGGUUGAGGAGUACCGUGUCGAGUGGGAGUCUGCCAUGGCCGCAAAGUUCACUGAGAAAGACCAGGGCGAGGAAAGCUUUGAGGACACCGACGACUCCUUGCUGGAGGGCCACGUUCACACCUACUUCCACCGCACCAGCCCCAUGUUCAAGGGCAUGAGCCCCUUGGAGAAGCCUGGAUCCUCCAUGAAGAAGGAGAAGGAUGAAUUCAAGCUACCCCCCGCUGCUGAGGUUGAUGAGGAUGUCUAUGUCAAUGCUGAGCGACAUGACAACCCUGGCAAUGUGCGUGUGGCUUCCUCUGAGGAACAAACAUUAUCAGACGCCAACGGCGACGCAUAUACCAGCGAACAGCACACAUUUACCAGUGAGCAAGUUCAGCAACACACAUUAUCGAGCGAGUCACAUACAUUCUCAUCGAGUGAGAAACACUCAUAG